AGAGAUGAAGAAUUCUGUAUCGGAACAAAGCAUCUACGCCGAGAGUGAGGAUGAAGAUGAUAAAUCAAUUGAUAAAAAUGAAGGUGAUGAUCAUGACGGUGAUUCAGAUUCCUCAAAUUCUUCUAAUGAAAAUAGGAAUCGAAGUAAGCAGAAUUCUGUCAGCACAGCAUGGCCACAAAGUUACAAGCAGUCGAUUGAUCUUUAUGGAAGUGUUCCUUCACCAAGUAUGGUAUUUCUGGGAAAUCCUACAUUAUCAAGAUUCGGAAGUUCAUUCUUUUCUUCAUCAUUGACAAAUAGACACACUCCUGAGGUGUUACCUACAUAUGGUAAGCCACUUCUAGAAACAGUGGCAGAUGAAGACCAACAACAGCAAAGAAGGCACAGUUAUCUAUAUCCACCACUUGCUCCAAGAAAGAGUUCUCUAAGGAAAUCCUCCAAGGUCUUGGAUGAACUUCCAGAUACUCCAAACAGCACAUAUGGUCAAGCAGUGAUAAAUGGAAUGAAUGUUUUAUGUGGAGUUGGAAUCCUUUCUACUCCUUAUGCGCUGAAAGAAGGCGGAUGGCUUGGCCUGUCCCUGUUGGGUCUUUUUGCACUGCUUUCUUUCUACACAGGACUUCUCUUGCGUUACUGCUUGGAUAGCCGACCUGGGCUAAAGACUUAUCCUGACAUUGGCCAGGCUGCAUUUGGCACUGCAGGACGUUUUGCCAUUUCUAUUGUUCUCUACCUUGAAUUAUAUGCUUCUUGCGUUGAAUAUAUUAUUCUGGAGGGUGACAACUUAUCAUCGCUAUUUCCUAAUGCGCAUUUGAACAUUGGAGGUUUAUAUUUAGGUUCACGUCACCUUUUUGCUUUGGUGGCCACUCUUGUCAUUCUUCCAACUGUCUGGCUUCGAGAUCUCAGAGUGUUGAGUUAUCUUUCUGCUGGUGGAGUCCUUGCUUCAAUUGUGGUGGUUUUGUGCCUGUUUUGGGUGGGGGUUGUCGAUCAUAUUGGCAUUCAGAGUCAUGGGUCAAUUCUAAACCUCAACACAAUGCCUGUUGCUAUUGGUCUCUACGGUUUUUGUUACUCUGGGCAUGCUGUCUUUCCUAACAUCUACUCAUCCAUGGAAAAACCAAGCGAAUAUCCUUCAGUUCUGUUUACAAGUUUUGCUAUUUGUACUUUGUUGUAUGCUGGAGUUGCUUCUAUGGGAUAUAUGAUGUUUGGAGAAUCAACACUGUCUCAAUUCACUCUUAACUUACCCCAAGGUUAUGUUGCCUCAAAAAUUGCUGUUUGGACAACGGUUGUGAAUCCUUUUACCAAAUAUGCAUUAACCAUGACCCCAGUGGCGUUAAGUUUGGAGGAGUUGAUUCCUUCAAACAGUGUAAACACUUAUAGAUAUUCACUAUGCAUAAGAACAGCCUUGGUGAUUUCUACUGUCAUUGUUGGUCUUUGCAUCCCUUUCUUUGGUCUAGUGCUUGCAUUGAUUGGAUCACUACUAACAAUGCUUGUGACCCUAAUACUUCCGUGUGCUUGUUACUUGCGUAUAUGUGGUGGAAAAUUACGCCGUGUCGAGGUGUAUUUCUGCAUUUUAAUUAUUGGUGUGGGUAUGAUAGCAGCAUCAAUAGGAUCUUUUUCAGCAAUCUCUGAGAUAGUUAAAAAGUUGAGAUAAGAUAUUAGUUAUAAGCUUUUAGAAUAUUUUAUUGAAUUUCUUGGAAGGAAACAUAAUCUUA